CACAGCCUGAGCGUCUGCAACCUAAUCAUAAAACGCAGCACGGCGGGUGACAACGACCGACACACUUGACCCACGCGGGUUUACGCGACGAAUAGCAUCCCUGACCCACAGCACGAGGGAGGCCUACUAGGAGGAAAGAAACCGCGGUGGUCACUGGGCUCGUUGGCUUUCGUCUUCUUUCCCUAUCGCUGUCUAUAACGACCGUGUGGCAAUACCUACCCGUUUUUUGCGUGCACCCUCACUGACGGAAAGCACGAGCGAGUAGGAGGGGUAAUAUGGCACAAGCGCAGCCCCAAAUUCCACAACUUAGCAUCAACGGCAAUGCCAUCUCUUCGUCUUCCCAUUCUCAAUCACAGGUGCACAAGCAAGCGACCUCUUCGGCUUCGACACAUACAGGAGCCGCUCCUCGUCCACCAAAGAACACAGCGGUGAAGACAGUGGAGAUCGAUAAUGCAUGGGGAUCCAACUUUUGGGUGACGCUCAUUGAGCCGCAGAGCCAAACGCCGUUCUACGCGUGUCCGGCGACGGGUCAAGUCAGCUGGGACCCACCAGAGGGGAACUUCGUUCUUCCGCCGAGUCCGGAGGGUGAGUGGUGGGAGCUCAUCGACGAGAGCCGGGGCGGCAUACCUUAUUAUUAUCAUACAAAGACGAAUGAGACGGUAUGGGAGCGGCCCGAAGGCUUCGUGAUUCCGCUUGCAAUACUUCAGAACACUGCUCUUUGUCGACGACUUAGUGUGAGGUACUCGCAGGCUUUCGACCCGGAGGCUGUCAAGGCGUACACCGAGCAACAACAGCAAAAAGCACAGCAGCAACAGCAAAACGGGAACGGGAACGUGGAUCAAGACCUUGGUGGACGCCCGUCUGCUCGUCGUACAGCCUCAGACAACAUGGCGAACGGCUACAAAACCAACGACUCUCAGAACGUAGGUAGAGAAGCAGCUGAGAAAGCUAUGCGAAGACGUUCCGCAUCCGCCUCCGCGUCAGCAGCGGGAUCAUCAUUUGGCUCGACACCGACAGUCCGCCUCGUAAAUUCAUCUCAGGGUACCUCAAAGUCGGGCCCGCAAACUCCGAAACGACCUCAUGGACAUGGACAUAAUCAUCAUCUCGGAUUUGGUGGAACACAACUCCCACCAAUCCCUGGUUCUCCGUAUCAGAGUACGGAGGGAUCUGCGUCGGAUGCGGAGGCGAAAGUCAACGGACGCGCGAAAGAAGUGCAAAUGCAACGUGAGAAGGAGCGCAUGAGGCAAGAAAAAUUGCGUGAGGAGGAAAGGGAAAGGGAGAAAGAGCGGGGACGACAAACUACCUCCAGAGAAAAGGAGACUGCGAAACGAAAAUCAGUAUCGACUGGUCCGCAUUCGAGAAGUUCGCAUCGUUCACCACAGACACAGCAGAGUUUGUCUGCACUUGCGAGUAGGAUUGCGGGAGAUUCGACGCCUCCACGUGGAGCUGGGAGUGUACCACCUACACCUGUUUCGCCUGUCCCUCCUACCCCUGUUUCGGAAACACAUAGCAGUUUGCACGGAGGACCGGAUCCAGAGGGGAGUACCAUGCUCAAUAAUAUGAGCUUCGCUCCGCAGGCUGCGUCCUCGCCUGCGAGAAGUGCUUCACUUGGGAUGGGACUCACAGUUAGCACUGGUCCGAGUCUAUCAAGCAAACAACGCGAGAACGUACUCCCAACUCCAACAAGCCCUGUCUCUCCUGCCUCGCUCAACUCACCAUUUACUUCAUCACUGUCGAAAGGAAAGAGUGCUGAGAAGAUUUACGGCGCGCCGAUGAAGUCUUCGCAAAAUCAAAACCGUAUACCACCUCCACCUAUACUCAACUCGAAUGCAACUUCUAUGCCCGCUCCGCGAAAGAGUUUCAGUGCGAGUUCGCAACCGUCGAUUCGGACGCAGGAUAUUGGGUCGCCUGUGCUUGAUACUCGGGCCACAAUGAACAUGAGUCCGGUCAAAGCACGUGCAGAAGGAAAACCUAUUUUACUCGAUAUGAAAAAUUCUAUGGACCACGAUGGGACGCGGUUUAGUACUGGGUUGGCCUCCUUCCUUGUCCUUCUACUCCGACGUUCGUUACUGACCGGAGUCAACUCUUCUAGUGGACGACCCAUACUACCAGACGAACUUGUGUCUGAUAUCCAACAAUUCAUGCAGAGCGAAUUCGCAAGGCAGUAUUUCGCGACUCAUCGGUCGGGGAUUAUCUUCCGGAAGAAGAUCCCUGUGGAGAAGAUGAUGGUUUGGCAAAAGGCACCUCUCACCUCACCACUCCUACUCAUGAAUCGAUCGUUACACAAAGAUGCUGUGAAGAUGUUCAAAAUCAUCCAGCGUAUCAUGGGUGACCGGGACCGUGAACGACCUGUUGUGCGUCAACAAUCCUCAGACCCGCAUUUAGGACCAACAGGAUCGUUUACGUCGUUGAAUGCGAGUUCGACUUCUCUGCCGAGUAUGGUAUCGGGGUUACUGGAAGAGGAGAGGUGGCUGCUUGGUGAAGGACUUACACAUGGAGAGUUGAGGGAUGAAAUUUAUUGUCAGCUUGUGAAGCAGUUGACGGGAAAUUCGAAUCCUGAAAGUCUGUUUAGAGGGUGGCAGCUGAUGUGUGUCUUGCUGGUGACGUUCCCGCCAUCCAAGAAUUUCGAGGCGUACCUGCGGUCGUUUAUUCAGCAGAAUACGUCAAAGACGGAGGGCCGUGUGGAUGUUAUGGCGAAAUACUGUCUACAGCGCCUUUCGAUCGUCUCGAAGAAGGGGCCAAGGGGCAAGCCACCGACAGCCGCAGAAAUUGAGACUGCUUCGGAUGCGGCUUUCAACCCUUCUACGUUUGGCGAGUCACUGGAUGCCAUCAUCCGUUUACAAGAGCGAACUUAUCCACACCUACAAGUCCCGAUUAUCCUUCCUUUCCUCGCUGACGGAAUUCUCGCGUUGGGUGGCAUGAAGUCCGAGGGGAUAUUCCGCAUUCCAGGAGAUGGUGAUUGCGUUUCUGAGCUCAAAAUUCGCAUCGAACGCGGGUAUUACAACCUAGAAGGUAUCGAUGACCCACACGUUCCCGCAAGUCUUCUCAAACUCUGGCUACGUGAGCUCGCAGACCCGCUCGUCCCGACAGAACUAUACAACGACUGCGUAGCGUGCGCGAAGGACCCAGAGUCGUGCGUUGCGAUGGUAUCCCGAUUGCCGACGAUUAAUCGGAGGGUGGUGUUGUUUGUGAUUAGCUUUUUGCAGCUGUUUUUGGAGGAGAGGGUUCAGAGUGCGACGAAGAUGACGAGUGCGAAUUUGGCGCUUGUUAUGGCUCCCAAUUUGCUUAGGUGUGAUUCGGAGUCGAUGACGGUGGUGUUUACGAAUGCUCCAUACGAACAGAUGUUCGUGCAUAAUCUUCUGUUGCAUUUGAAAUGCAAUAGGGUGGAUCCUGGAUACGUACCUAAACAUGGGUUAGGAGCUGCUGUGAACAAUUCCUCGAAACCCCGCAACCGUCGUCCACCUCGGUAGAUCCCGAGGAAGAAUGAACGAACGAACGAACGAUUUCCUUCCCUUCCUAUUCAUUAUGAUUUUUGUUCUUUGUUCUGGACCGACCGAUAUCGUUCUCAAACUAUUUCUUCUCUCUUCUUUGCUUUGUUUUUCUUCUCAUGUUCUCGUCCGUGGUUUCUCUCGAUUCUAUUGCUGUUAUGAUUUGUGGAAGGUACUCUUCUCAAGGUUCAAGGUCUGUUCUAUUUCAUGUAUUCGUCGUCGCUUUCCUUGCAGCUGUUCUCACUAAUAAUGUUACCCACCCCCAUG